GACACCUCGCCAGCAGCCCUGCGGGUGGAUGGGGGUGGGGCCGGGAGUGCCGGACGUUGGCGGUACAGUGGAGGAAGACAGGUUAUGGGACUUAUUUCUGAACUUUGAUUCUGAUCACAUGAUCCUUUUUUGUGCAACUGCUUCAGUCGACAUCUGGCAUAGACAUUCCUUCGCGUUCAGGCCUCGUUCGUCUUUCCACCCGACUGUGGCCAACGUUGCUUUGAACUAUGUGCUGCAGAACCCAACGGUCCAUAAGUUUGUGUUGAAUAUAUGAAUGAAUGAAUGACUCUUACGUGCCAAUUAGCCUCCGAACCUUAGUUUCCUUAUUGAACAUAAAUGGUGUGUGCUGCAUGCCUCGCCGGGUUGUUGGAAGACCCGCAUGACGUGAGCGGUAUUGAAGUAUUUUCAAGCAUGAUCCCAACAUAAACGGUUAUUUUACCACCGGAGUCAGUAACAUGAUAGCCAAGCUUGCCAAAACCAGCACCCUCCGUAUCAACCCUGAUAAGCUGAACUUCAUACUUAAUGACAAACUGGCCAGUGGAGGAGUGAGCAUGUGGUGUGAACUGGAACAGGAGAACUUUUUCAGCGAAUUUCAAAUGGAGGGUGUCUCGGCAGAAAACAAUGAGAUUUAUUUAGAACUAACAUCGGAAAACUUAUCUCGAGCUUUGAAAACUGCCCAGAAUGCCAGAACUUUAAAAAUCAAGCUGACUAAUAAACACUUUCCCUGCCUCACAGUCUCUGUAGAGCUGUUAUCUGUGUCAAACAGUAGUCGCAUUGUGACGCAUGACAUCCCCAUAAAGGUUAUUCCUAGAAAAUUGUGGAAGGAUUUACAAAAACCCUCAGUCCCAGAUUCUGAUGUGAGUAUUUAUUUGCCAGUCUUGAAGACUAUGAGGAGCGUUGUGGAAAAAAUGAAAAACAUCAGCAGUCAUCUUGUUAUUGAAGCAAACCUAAAUGGAGAAUUGAACUUGAAGAUAGAAACUGAGUUAGUAUGUGUUACAACUCAUUUUAAAGAUCUUGGAAAUCCUCCAUUAGCUUCUGAAAAUACUUCUCAGGACAGAAACCCAGAAGAGAUGGCUGAAGUGCAUAUAGAUAUCAGGAAGCUCCUCCAGUUUCUUGCUGGACAGCAAGUGAAUCCUACAAAGGCCUUGUGCAAUAUUGUGAAUAACAGGAUUGUUCAUUUUGAUUUGCUUCAUGAAGACGUCUCCCUACAGUACUUCAUCCCAGCAUUGUCCUAGCACCACACCACCGGAAUUGAGAGCCCAGAGGCCUUCCUCCUGAUGGGAGAGGCAGUGGGGUGAUGUGUUCUGAGUCACUGGUCUGUCCUCACAACACCACAAAUCUCUACACUGUGCUUAUUUCUCCCUCUAAAAUAAUUUAACUAAAAAUGAAAUCAGUGCAACACAGUUGGAUAAACAUUUAUAUUAUUCAUGUCUGUUUUGUUUUUUAUUUUUGUACUUGCUUUUAAGACAUUGAGAAAAAGAACUAAAAUUUAUCCAGACUUUAUUUAUUUUGUGGUGCUGGGGAUGGACCCUGGCAUUCUACCACUGAGCUACACAUGGCCCUUUCCAGGCUUUAAGUAGCAGUUUCUCGUUGAAGUUAUAAAAAUCCUCAUGCACAUGGAAUCGAUGUCAUAGACAGAAUUCACAAGAGUGUUGCUUGCAGAGCUUGGAGCUUCCCCCAGGCACAGCCUCCAGGUCAGCAUACUGUUAGCCACUCUCACAUUUCAGCAUGCUCCCCUCUCCCUGCUCCUGUCCCCAAGAGCCCAGUAACCAAAGAGGGUCCCUCUGCUCCCUCACAGCAGCUGUGGCUAUUCAGUGCUCCUUGAGGUGUCAUAGCUGCAGUUUGUGGACUGUCUGUCCAACUUGUGGAGGACUUGAGCCCACUUGCCUCUUAGCUCCUGGAGAGCUGGCCCAGCCAAGGCAGUUCUUAGCUGCAAGCUUGUCCCUUGCUGUUGCUGCUCUCACUUCCUCCCUGGGGCCAGUUUUGCUUUUAAGUUGUUGUUUUUAGUGCUGGGAAUUGAACCAAGGGGCUUGCGUAUGCUACGCUGAGCCUCAUCCCCAGCCCUUUAGUUUAUAAUUCUGUAUAGUUGUUUCUUCUAUGGUACAUCAAGAUCUGUCAUUUUGGGAAGAAUGCAUUUGCAUUUAGAGUAGGAAAAAAUGAAAUUUCUAAGUUAGCUUUUGUGUUAAAUGAUGAGACCUUCUUUCUGUUUAUAUACAAAACUUGUGCAGUUGUGAUGGAUGGGCUUCCUCAUUCUCCCUGAAGCACAUUCCAUCACAUUUGCUAUUUUAAUUAAAUCUCAUGUGUCCUGUGGAGGUGGACAUAAUACAUAGUAUUUUAAUGUCACUUUACAAAAUCAAGACCUAUGUUGUUUUGUAUAUGAUGAAGAAAUGGAAAGUCAGCAAAAAUGAAAAUCUCUUUUGGCUUUAUUAUUUGAUAAAACCAAUGUGUUUGAAUGACUUUUCAAGUUUUUAAUAGGAUAACAUUUUAAAAUCAGAGACAUUUAAAUUUUGAAAGGCUGUCUCCCUUCUUGGCUGGUAAUAAAAUUAAUUCCCACUGUAGUCAUAAAACCUAAAAAUCAUGAUGCAAAAUAGAAUGAUAUCUGAAAAUUAUUUUAUGAAACUUAGGUUUCUGUUAAAAUGUGUUAUUGAGUUAGCAGUUGUGUGUUUACUUUCAGUGUAUCUGAACUCUGUGCUUUUAUGGGCAGUUCAGGAUGUCCUAUCCUUGGAGUGUGGCUAAAGAAGUUAUCACUGGCAGUGGGGAGGCUACAGUCCUCUGGUUAUUGUCACAACUUGCUGUGCUUUAUUCACCAAGUCUCCUACUUCUUUGCAUCUCACAGACCUAUAAGGUGAGGAAGGGAACUAAUAGAAAACCACAAACCUAGGAAAUGUGCAGGGCUGCUUUAUUGAACAGUGUGCAAAGAUAAGAUCGUGUAAGGUCAAGAAAUCACAAUUUAGUCCAUUUAAAGAAGCAGAUACUUUCUGGAUUUUGGAGACACACUUUACUGGCUGUGUGUGUGUAAGAAUUUAAGUUUAAGGAGCACUCUCCUAAAUGUCAGAGCCAGUUAGGCAUCUUCUUGCCUGCCUGGGUUCAGAGCCCAAGGUACCUAUGGUAGCCACAUCUUUUGUUGUGGUGGUGGUCCUGGGCAUUGAGCUCAGGGACAAUUUUACCAGCUACAUCUCCAGUGGUUCUUAUUUUUUAUUUUGAGACAAGGUCUUGAUAUGUUGCUGGGGUCUCCCUAAGUUACUGAGGCUGGCCUUAGACUUUUGACCCUCCUGCCUCAGCCUCCUGAAUUAAUGGAAUUACAGGUGUGCGCCACCACAUGCCACUGGUGGUCACAUCUUGAACUGACUUUUGAGACCAUUCUGAAUAGGUCAGGGAUUCAUAAGAAUUCCUAAUCCAAGCACUCAGGCUCACGUCCAAGUGGCCUUGCCAUCCUCCUGCAGUGUUUUCUUGGUCUAUCAGGGAACUGCUUACCCAUCAGGUCUUAGACCAGGUUUAUUGGGUAAUACUUCCCUAGCACAAAGGACCCAGCUCUUGGCCUGAAAAGUGGCAUCAGCAUUAAUUCUGGAGCUGGAAUUUUGAUUCCAUCUUCAGUGAAAAUGCUUAAUGAUGGUCAUAUUCUUGUUGUAUGUUGCCAAAUGGAUAGAGCAUCCAUCUUUUUGAGGAGAGAUACAAUUCUGUACAUUUUUAUUUUUAAAACUUUAUUGAAAGUCACUUAUACAAUUCAUCCAUUAAAGCAUUCAAUCUGGCGGGUUUUAGUUUGUUCACAGGACUUGUGCAGACACCACCACAAUCAAUUUUAGAAUCUUUUCAUUACCCAAAAAGGAAAACCCCAAACCACUCAAUCAUUCCCAUUCCCCACCCUCACUAUACUUUCUUUGCAGGCAGCCAGUUGUCUACUUUUCUGCCUCUGUACAUUUGCCUUUUCUGGACAUCUUUUUAAAACUCCUCCUUUCUAACUGUAGUUAUAUAUACUUUGAUCAGUAUCUCCACAUUCCUCCCUUCACCAUAGCCACCUGACCUCUGGUAACCAAGGGCCACUCUUUUAGAUUCCACAUGUGAAUCACACAAGCAAGAUCAUACAGUGUUUGUCUUUCUAUGCCUGAUUUAUUUCACUUGACAUAAUUUCUCCAGGUUCAUUCAUUCAUAUUGCUGCAAAU